UCGGGAAGAGAGGGAGCGCGGUAAGACUUCCGGUUUCUGUGUGAAAAUUGACACACAAUGAGGAGCGGAGAGGAGUCUCGGUGGAGCUGCUGUUCAUAAACAGAACAGCCCCGGAACGCCCGAAACCAUGGAGAAUCAGUGCACGGUCCAGGUGAAGCUGGAGCUGGGACAUCGUGCCCAGCUGCGUAAGAAGGUCACCUCUGAGGGCUUCACCCAUGACUGGAUGGUGUUUGUACGCGGCCCUGAGUCGGGUGACAUCCAGCACUUCGUGGACAAGGUCAUCUUCCGCCUGCAUGAGAGCUUCCCAAAGCCCAAGAGAGUGUGCAAGGAGCCACCCUACAAGGUGGAGGAGUCAGGCUAUGCGGGGUUCCUCAUGCCCAUUGAGGUCUACUUCAAAAACAGGGAGGAACCGAGGAGAGUCUGCUUCAACUAUGACCUGUUCCUCAACCUGGAGGGCAAUCCGCCCGUCAACCACCUGCGCUGCGAGAAGCUCACCUUCAACAAUCCCACACGCGAGUUUCGCCGUAAGCUCGUCAAGGCCGGCGGGGUGAUUGUAGUCCCGGAGGGGGCAGAGGCCAUUUCCCGACCCAGUCCUGAUUACCCAAUGCUCCCUACAAUCCCGCUCUCGGCUUUCUCCGACCCCAAGAAGACCAAACCCACCCAUGGAUCUAAGGAGCCAAGCAAGGAGAGCAGCGUUGGAAGCACCAAGGGACCUAAGCUUCAUAAGCCUCCUAAAGAGCACCGGGAGCGACCACGCAAGGACUCGGAGAGCAGGAGCACCUCCAAGGGAGAAGGUGACCGUGAUGGCGGAGGCACCAAGCCUGCCCGUGACCCCUCUUAUUCUUCCUCGUCUUCUUCCUCAACCAAGAAGACUUCCGAGGGGAAAGUAAAGGAGGAGAACAGGGCGGUGCCCAAAGCGGCCUUCAAGGAGCCCAAACUCACAUUGAAGGAGGCCAAGAUGGAGGGCUUGUCCCCUAAGGGCGGUGGAGGUGCAAGUGGAGGGGGAGGUGGAGGUGGAGGUGGCGGUGGCGGCGGGGCCCUACCAGAGCUCAAAGCACCCAGCAAACGGCCCCCUGCUGUGGAGUCUCCAAAACCCAGCAUCAAGAAGCAGAAGAAGGGAUCUACUGGUGGGGGCCACACGAGCACCGGCCCUCGAGUCUCGUCUUCCACUUCCUCCACCUCCACCGUAGUGCCUCCUGCUUACCCGGACAAAAAGUCGGUGAAGGAGAAGGACCGCUGCUGCAAAGAGAAGACAGAGCUGCCGGAGUUGAAAGAGACUAAGAAACAGCCCGAGUCAGAGGACUCCAACUCCGAGGAUGAGACAUCCUCCAAGUCUGAGCAAUCGGCUGCCUCCAGCCAAUCAAACUCCAGCUCCAGCUCUGACUCGAGCUCUGACUCCGACUUCGAGCCCUCGCAGAAGCAAGGCCAAGGCCCCCUGCGCUCCAUGGUGGAGGACCUGCAGUCGGAGGAGUCCGACGAGGAUGAUAGCAGCUCGGAGGAGGAGACGCCGGUCAAGACGAAUCCACCCAACCGUGACUCCCGAUUGAGUUUGGACAGCGAGAGUGACAGCAGCGACGAGUCCCGCCCACUGAGUCGGGAGCCGCAAGCCCUGGCCCCACCCCAGAAGGACACCUCUUCCAAUAACAAGGUCUCUGUGAGGAAGAGCCCCGACAGCUGUAGCAAACCGGAGAAGAUGCUGAAGAAGGGAUACGACAAGGUACGAAGGGCCUACACUGAGGAGCUGGUGGACCUUCAUCGACGGCUCAUGGCUCUGCGUGAGAGGAACGUCCUCCAGCAGAUUGUCAAUCUCAUCGAGGAGACCGGCCACUUCAACGUCACCAACACCACGUUUGACUUUGACCUGUUUUCACUGGAUGAGUCAACAGUUCGUAAACUACAGAGCUACUUGGAGGCCACUGCCACGUGACAGGAAGUUCCCCUGCAGGGGCGGGGCUUCCUCUUUCAUCAUCUUUUCUUUAGAACUCGAUGACACAGCGUUGGGGGUGUGGAGGAGGCGGAGUGAGAGAGGACGACGGAGCAGAGAGGAUGGAGCAAAUGGGGAUUUACACUAAACUUUCGAGGGUUGUCGCGGGCAAUCGGGGUGCUGGGUUUCAGAGGGAGGAGGCCAAGGAGCUGCAGGUGGUGAGGUCAUAUGACAGGAAGUAUACACUAUGUGUCUUCAAAGCAGGCACUGAGCCCCCACCCUCUUCUCAUUCUUCCUGUGUGUGUGUGUGUGUGUGUGUGUGUGUGUGUGUGUGUGUGUGUGAGAGAGAGAGAGAGAAAGAGGCACCACUGGUACAGGUGGGGUUUGAAACAAAGCUGGCACAGCUGAUGCAGUGUGUUUGACUCUCGCUGGGCUGCGUACACCAGUCUGUGUCUUCUCUGGCGUCUCUGUUAUGUUGGUCCAGCCGCCUUCGUCCCCCGACUGGAACUUUGCCCCCUGCUUCUCUCUGUCCCUUCAAAUUGUCACCCUGAAAUGACCGCUGUGUUGCGGCAAGGCGCGCUAAAGGACCCGUUCAACCAUGGCCCCGAGUGCAAAAUGCUGGGAAGUCAGCCGUGGGUGUCCAGGUUGAGACUGGAGUGUGACUUUUUUGUGUUCUUUUUGCAUUGUUUAUAGGCCUUUUCUGUAUUUUAAGCAGUGGCUCGGUUGGUAUGGCCGGGCAUCGCGCGAGCCACAAAAAUACUUGUUUGUUUUAAUACGCGGUUUAUUCAUGGGGACAGAUCCACUGCCCUAUCAGUGCCUUUACACACCACCCUGUCACCUGUCCCCAGGUGGCCGAGGACUCGUCUCCUGUUUCUUUGGUACGUACUGGGAUCACUCAGAAAUCGUCAGAGUCAUUGGGGGGAUGAUGGGGAACGCUGCUGUGUGAUCCCAUGACCACUUGGUUCCAGUUGAAGGCACAUUCCAACUAUAUGAUGAUACUGGCCAUGUUGAGGAGUGUUUGUUUGUUUGUUUUUAAAGUAGGCAUUACAGCAGCCCAAGCUGCUCAACUUGCCCUGAACCUGCAGGACCGCUGGUACACUGGUUUACUGCCUGUCCCAUUGAACAAAGUGUGAUGCUGUCCAGAGCACUGUGGCUUCUGCCUUUUCCUUGUUAUGCUCCAAAUGACCCUCACCUUCAUCCUCAUCACCUGUUAUGUAAAAUGCUUAUUUAUUGUAAUAUUCAUAGCUUUCAAGGUUUCCUCCUCAUCUGCCCGUCCACUGAUAUGUGCCCUGGUUAAAGCACACUGUGUAUUAAUCAGUGUUUGACUGCCUGUAUUAGUGUGCAUCAGUGGAUGAAGUAAUCCAGUUAACUGCAAAGUGCGUUGUGUGUUUGUGUGAGAGAGAGAGACAGAGUGCAGUAACAUCGUAAAAUCAUGUGUGGGCUGUGGUCUGAAUUUACGCUUCUUAGUACUCCUGAGUUGGAGAUCAUGACCUUUAACCCAAGGACCCCCUGUGUUAUGGAAUCCGGGGGGUUAAAAGAAGAGAGAGGGGGAAAAAAAAAAAAGUGGGGGGUGAGCAGCAACUCUGUGGAGCCUCCAUUAACUAACAGUCAACAUUUUAUUUAUAUACCUCUGCACUUUUGGCUGUGGAGACUCCAGUACUUAUGUAAUUAUAUAUAUAUAUACUGUAUUUUUAAGGGUUUUAUACAAUAUUUACGAGCAAAUGGUAUUGUUUUUGCCAGUCUUUUUAAAAAUUUGUAUUUAACUGCUUUUUUUUUUUUUUUAUUGGCAUGUUGUAUUAGUGACAAAUAACUGACACCCUGAAUCUGUUUGGUUUAGACCUUGUGUGACGUCACUGUUCUUGGCCUCGGGUUUGUUCGUUGAUGGAGCCACUUUAUUGCUGUAAAAGAAUUAUGGAAAAGAGGAAUUAACGUAACACGCUGGAUUGUUUUGUUCCUUAACUGAAAGCAAGACUUUUCCUUGUCUCAGAAGCUUUGAGCAUAUGUGUGUGUUCUCACACGCCUCAACUGAUGUGGCAGUUGUCAGUCAGCAGGGGGCGCAAUGGCUACCAGCCCCAACCAGAGGAACUUGCUCCCACCUCUCUCUCUCCCUGUUAUUCCCAGCAGAAAUAACCCCAUCAGGAAGGGGAACAGUGCAGAAGGGGGAGCUGUCAUGUUUAAAGUAUGUUAUAUAUACAUUUAAAUCAAACAGAAGGAGAAUAUAGUUUUUAAAAGAGGUGCUAAUGGAAGAGAUUCAGCACAUGGUUACUUUUUUUUUUUUUUUUUUUUUUCUUCUC